UCAAAACAGACCGAUCCAACCGACAAUCGACUGCCAUAUGAUUCCCAGCCCAGCACUCAGGACCACAACACCCAAUAUAUACGACAAUAUGAUAAUAGGAAGGAUAUUAUCAGCUCAAGACAUACUAGAGAUACCACAAACAAGUUUCAGCUACCGGCGUCCAAAAAGCCCCGGAUCAGUGAUCCCCAAACUAUAGAACAGGCAAAA